AUGAAGAAGGAGCAUGCAGUUCCUCCCUGUGAUUAUCAGCUGAUAUUAUACCUGUACACGCAAGGCUGCGGUGGGAUGAUGGCGUCCCAUGGGAAGCAGCAUCAGGAGGGACAUUUCUAUUCCAUAUUUUCCUGCUGUUUUAAAGAAGAGCGGGAGCAGCAGCCAGAGAUCACCUACUGCCAUGACAACCCGAACCUCUUCAUGGGACUGGAGCCCAUUCAGCCCAUGCCUCCCUCACAGGAGCUGGACGCCCGCUUCACGGAGCUGGUGGACGAGUUGGGUCUCACUGAGGAGCACAGGGCAUGCAUGUUUGCACUACCAGCAGAGAAGAAAUGGCAUAUUUACUGUAGUAAGAGGAUGGAAGCAGAUGAAGACAAAGGCGCCACCCGUUGGCCUGACCACUACAUUGACCAUCUAAAUAUGGCCGCGAGGAGGACCUUUGUGGCUUUCGAUGGAGAUGAUGACAACAGCCGGCAUAAAACUGUUGAAGGUCUGAAGACUGCUCUAAGGACGCAACCGAUGAGGUUUGUGACUCGCUUCAUCGAGCUGGACGGCUUGUCUUGUCUCCUGAACUUCCUGAAGACAAUGGACUAUGAGACGUCAGAGUCCAGCGUCCACACGUCUCUGAUCGGCUGCAUCAACGCCCUGAUGAACAACAGCCAGGGCCGCGCACACGUCCUGGGACACUGCGAGAGCAUCAACAUCAUCUCCCAGAGUCUGGCCACGGAAAACAUCAAGACUAAGGUGGCAGUGUUAGAGAUCCUGGGGGCCGUCUGCUUGGUGCCAGGGGGGCAUAAGAAAGUGCUGGAGGCCAUGACGCACUACCAGACGUUUGCUGCAGAGAGGACACGUUUUCAGAGUCUGGUGUACGACCUGGACAGAUCCACAGGCCGCUACAGAGACGAAGUGAAUUUAAAAACGGCUAUUAUGAGUUUUAUCAACGCUGUGCUGGGGAAAGGAGCAGGAGAGACAAGUUUGGAGUUCCGGAUCCACCUGCGAUACGAAUUUCUGAUGUUGGGGAUUCAGCCGGUGAUCGACAAACUGCUCUUGCACGAAAACGAAACUUUAGACGUGCAUCUCGACUACUUUGAAAUGCUCAGAAAUGAAGAUGAACUCCAACUUAGCAAACGCUUUGAUUCAGUGCACAUAGACACCAAAAGUGCCAGUGGGAUGUUUGACUUGUUGAAGAAGAAACUGAACCACACAGAGCUGUAUCCUCACUUUCUGUCCGCGCUGCAUCACUGCCUCAUGAUGCCCUUCAAACAGAGCUCCUCUCGACAGUACUGGGUUUUACUGGACCGAAUCAUCCAACAAAUCGUCCUCCAGACCGAGAAAGGAGAAAACCCAGAUGUCGCUCCUUUGGAAGACUUCAACGUCAAAAACAUCGUCCGCAUGUUGGUCAAAGAAGAUGAAGUCAAACAAUGGAAAGAACAAGCAGACAAAAUGAGAAAAGAGCAUCAGAACCUGCAGCAGCGCUUCGAUCGUAAAGAGCGCGAGUGCGAGGCCAAGAACAAAGAGAAGGACGACAUGUUGGAAAUGUUGAACAAGAUGAAAGACAAACUGGAGCGAGAGGCGAACGACCACAGACAGGCCAAGCAGCAAGUGAGCGAGCUGUCGGCCAGACUGCAGCAACUCAGCACUAGCUCAAAUGUCCCUGGUGGACCUCCUCUGUCAUCCAGUGGUCUUGCUCCUGUCGGUCCGGUCCAGUCUGGCUCCUCUCCCUUUGUUCCUUUCCCUCCUCCUCCCCCUCCUCCCCCAGGACGUCCAGGAUCCGGGCUUUUCCCAUUUGUCCCGCCACCUCCCCCUCCACCUCCAGGAGCACUCAUGGGACCCGCCAAAGUGAAGAACGUCCCCAAACCUGCCAACCCCAUGAAGUCCUUUAACUGGAACAAACUGCCAGAGAACAAGAUUAACGGCACUGUUUGGGAGGACAUAGACGACCUCAAAGUGUUCAAAACUCUGGAUCUGGAUGACUUCCAGAAAACAUUCUCAGCCUAUCAGAGACCAGCGAAAGACACAGAGGACGAGCAUGCAGUGAAGAAGGUGAAGGAGCUGUCAGUUAUUGAUGGUCGGCGAGCUCAAAACUGCAACAUUUUGCUUUCAAGACUGAAGUUGACCAAUGAGGAGAUUCGACAUGCCAUUCUGACCAUGGACGAGCAGGAGGACUUGCCCAAAGACAUGCUGGAGCAGCUCCUUAAGUUUGUCCCAGAAAAGAGCGAUAUUGAGCUUUUGGAGGAGCAUAAGAACGAGCUGGAGCGAAUGGCCAGAGCAGACCGCUUCCUGUACGACAUGAGCAGGAUAAAUCACUACCAGCAGAGGCUACAAUCUCUAUACUUUAAGAAGAAAUUCACAGAAAGACUAGAGGAGGUCAAGCCCAGAAUCAAAGCGCUGAGUCUUGCGUCUCGAGAGGUGAGAAAUUGCGGUUCGAUGCGUCAUUUGUUAGAAAUCAUCCUGGCUUUUGGAAACUACAUGAACAAAGGACAGCGAGGAAACGCGUAUGGAUUCAAGAUCAACAGUCUGAAUAAGAUCGCAGACACCAAGUCCAGCAUUGACCGGAGCAUCACUCUUCUUCAUUACCUGAUCACAGUGUUGGAAAUGAAAUACCCCAAAGUGAUGAGGUUCAGCGAGGAUCUAAAAAAUGUUCCAGAAGCUGCUAAAGUCAAUAUGGUAGAGUUGGAGAAAGAGAUUGGGAGUCUAAGAUCUGGUCUGAAGCUUAUCGAAUCGGAGCUCCAGCACCAGCAGGCUCAGUCCUCCCAGGGCUCGGUGGAUAGAUUCAUCCCAGUGGUCAGCCAAUUUAUUACAGUGGCGACGUUCAGCUUCUCUGAGGUGGAGGAAUCGCUCAACGAGGCCAAAGAACUGUUUGCCAAGGCACUAAAGCACUUUGGAGAAGACACAUCGACCAUGCAGCCCAAUGAGUUUUUUGGAAUAUUUGACACUUUCAUUACAUCGUUCUCAGACGCCAAACAAGACAACGAGAAUAUGAUCAAACGCAAAGAGGAGGAGGAGAGACGUGCUCUGAUGGAGGCAACGCUGAAAAAGGAACGAGAGAAGAAAUCCAAAGCUAACGAAGAUGGUCACAGGAGCGGAGAUUUUGACGACCUGGUGUCUGCCCUGAGAUCCGGAGAGGUGUUUGAUAAAGACAUGUCCAACAUGAAUCGCAGGAAACAACGAAAACUAAACCAGUUUGAGACGAGCCGAGAGAGACCCAUCUUCAAACUGAAGGAGUAA